AUCUCCCCUAGACCUCUCCCCCAUCAACCCAUUGAAUAAUGUUGAGAGAGGGAACAACAUUAUAAACAAAGAAAAAAAUGGAGAGUGCUAAUGCAUCCACAAUAAUGUCAAUGGAAAAUAAUGUUAAAGAUGUCGGGCUCAUUAAUUUCUUGGACGAGGAUAAUUUUGAACAAUUCAUUGAGCUUAUUAGGGGUGAAACUGGUGACCCUAUUGUAAAGUUUUCCCCAACAUAUGAUUGUGAAUACAUCACAGGUUGUUUUUCCGCGGCCAAUGCCCAAUUUGAGCCAACAUCGAUGGAUUUCAAUGAUUGGAAUGCUACAAGCAUGUCUGAUCCUUUUUCUCUUUAUACUUCGCUUCCCAGAAAAAUGAAGAUCCACGAAGAAGAUGAGGAGGAAGAUAAUGAUUGUGAUGAAUCUUCUGCCACUAUGAUUACCACAGCAGUGACUCCGGGUACACCAACAAAGAAGAGCACAAGAACUGACCGGUCGAGAACAUUGAUUUCCGAGCGGAAAAGGAGAGGUAGAAUGAAAGAGAAGCUUUACGCUUUGAGAUCCUUAGUUCCUAAUAUCACAAAGAUGGAUAAAGCCUCCAUAAUUGGAGAUGCAAUACUAUACGUACAAGGGCUGCAAACGAAAGCCAAGAUACUAAAAGUAGAAAUAGCAGAUUUUGAGUCAUCACUCAAUAGAAUGAACAAUAAUCAAGGUGGAAUAUUCCAGAGUGCCAUGAAAACGAAUUUCACGAGCUAUUUUCCAACAAUCAAAAGGAUAACAAAGAUGGAGGUCAUUCCAGUAGAAGAAAAAGGAUUUUACGUGAGAUUAGUUUGCAACAAAGGGAGACAAGUUGCAGCUUGUCUUUUCAAAGCUCUUGAGUCUCUCACUGGAUUCAAUGUUCAAAGUUCCAACUUGGCUACAUCUAUCAAUGAUUAUGUUUUGACAUUCACUCUUAAUGCGAGAGAAUGUGAGAUGGACAGAAACUUUAGCAAUUUGAAGCUAUGGAUAGCAAGUGCUUUCCUGAAUCAAGGGUUUGACUUCGAGACAUCUCCAUUGGUCUAGUGUCAAGUUAUUGUAAUUUUUCAAACUUUCAAGGACAUCAAAGAAUGAGAAAUAUCAUUAAGUAUCUAUUGUAGUCUGUAAGUUUUAAUUAAUUAAAAUCACGUGUCCUACAAUGGCGCGUUCUCGUUCGCAUA